AUGCCUUGUGGCGACUCCGCCCAGCCAGGGCUGGAGACCCGGGGCGAGCCGCGCGUAGAAGCGCCCGCAGCCGAGAGCGGCCUCGGGGGCCUGGGGGCCUCGGGAUCGGACAUAGAGCCGGGUCGGCGCGCCCCGGUGCGCAGGGAAGCGGCAAGGGGGCUGCUGCUCGGCGAGGCUGCGGCCGCCAAAGGGUUGCGGGAGGGCCUGAGGGGCGCGGCGGCCCGGCCCUGGAGACGCCUGGCGCGGAUCCCGAAGCAAGAGCGUCCGCGCGCGCGAGGAGGCGGCGGCCGAGCACGAGUUCCGGACAUACCAAAGAGCGAUAAGGACCUGGAAAUAGAACCCCCCUCCCUUUGGAUUAAUACACUGGGGCAAGGAGCUGUGGCCAAGCUGUUGCUGCCAAAUGAGAGAAGCUUCCAGAAUGCUGCUAAAAGCAAUAAUUUGGAGCUUAUGGAGAAGCUGUUUGAAAAGAAGGUUAACAUGAAUGCUGUGAACAAUAUGAACCGCACAGCCAUGCCUUUUGCAGUGGGGACAGGUCAUUUGUCUGCGGUGGAUUUCUUGCUGAAUCACAAGGCCGGGGGCAUGUUGCUGGUGAGGAAGCAUGGCUUGACAGUAAUUCACCUUGCAUCCUGGUCUGGAAGCCUCGAGAUCAUGCUCAUGCUGGUUAGAGCUGGAGCAGACCAGAGAGCCAAGAAUCCGGAUGGAGUGAAUGCCCUCCACUUUGGGGCUCAGAGCAACAACAUGUGCAUUGUGGAGUUCAUUCAAGAUCUGCACCUGUGGGACUUGGACCAGCCUGAUGAGAAAGGAAGAAAACCGUUCCUUUUGGCGGCAGAGCAGGGCCACAUUGAAAUGAUAGAAAAACUUAUCUUCCUUAAUCUGCAUACUUCAGAAAAGAACAAGAAUGGCGAAACACCAUUCUUCUUAGCUGUUGAAGGAGGUCAUGAAGAAUGCAGCAAAGUGCUACUGGCAGCAGGAAGUGAUAUCAACAUUCCAAAUAAACUCGAUACCAGUGCUUUGCAGAUAGCAACCCGGAACGGCCACGCAUCCCUUGUCAGCUUUCUUCUCAGUGAGGACGUUGAUCUGCACCAGAAGGUGGAACCUAAGGAGUCCCCUCUUCAUUUAGCUGUUAUCAACAACCAUAUCACAGUGGUAAACAGCUUAUUAAGUGCACAGCAUGAUACUGACAUCUUAAAUCAGAGGCCGCAAACUCCUUUGCAUGUAGCUGCUGAUCUUGGAAAUGUGGAACUGGUGGAAACCCUGCAGAAGGCGGGCGGUGACCUAAGGUUGUUGACAAGAGCUCAGGCCCUCCUCAUCUCGGCAUCUGGCAGAGUUAGGAACCUGGCACGGGUUUGUAACUGUGACCUCCAGCCACGAGUGACCACGGUUCCCAUCUCCGUGUCCCAGCACUUCCCCAAACACCUCUCAGGGGUUAGGCGUCUACUUUCGUCUGUGUUAAGCACAGCAGCUGCCAGAGGAGGAAUGAACAUGCAACCACAGUCAUAUGGAACUUGCGUUAGAACUGAGUUCACAGUAAGGAGGUGUCGGCGUCUGCUCUUCGUGCUUGCCACGGGAGAGGAGAGCUUCCAUGAACACGGCCUUGGGGCUCUGCUCAUCUGGCUGCACGGGGCCCUGGUGACACAGGCCACGCCGGUCAAGCACCUGUACGAAGAGCUGGUGUGCGCGGGCUUCUCAGAACUAGCUGAAAAGAUUCGUCAAUUUAAAAGUGAAACUGACUCAAGGCCCAAGAAAUGUGCAGUUUCAUAA